AUGUUGCCAAGUCUGUCAGCCAGCACGCAAGGAUUCUUCAGCAUAUCAAAGAAGGAAACAUGGUCUAUGGAGAUAUCGCUUAUUGUGGCUGUUCAGAAGUUAGUGGAUGAGGAGUUCCAAGGGAUAAGGCAUUUGCGAACAUCAACAUUGCAUAAAAAGAUAGCAAACGCUCGGCACGACUUUGUCAAGCUUUCCGGUAGUGAAGAUAAGCUGUUUUUGUUCGAAUCGAGGAAAUCAACAUGUUGCGGCAUGGAAACGUUGGAGUCUUGGAGACCUGCACGAAGAAUGCUUAACGUAUUGAAAGUGACGAAAUGGGUGGACUGCCAAAAUGAGUGA